UUAUCUAAUAAUCUUAUCUGAUCUAGUGCAACAGUAGAACAGAAGCUUAUCUUAUCUAAUGCUAUCCAUAUAUAUCACCAGAAAUAAUACAUAAAUGUAGUUGGGAAAGUAAAAGAAACUCAAAAGCAAGGAGAUAUGGAUGCCAUGCAAGUAGCUCUGCCAGUUUUAGGCAUCGUUGCAGCUGCAGUUGCAACCUUCUAUGCAGUGAGUUUCAAUGAGAUCAGAGAGAAAUCGCUUCCAGAUUGGGAUGAAAUUGAAUCUGAAUCAGAAUCAGAAAUUAGAGGUUUUAGACGAUCAGCCAGUUCCCGACAGAGGCGAGCUAAAAGACAAGCUAGUAAAAAUGACAAAACAUAACUUCAACCAGAGGGAAAAUAAUUUUAACGCCUGCCAUCAAUUUUAGAACACUGAAAAGCAGUAACCAGAAUAAAGUCGUCUUGUGGUGACGGCAGUGGGGGAAAGGCAAUCAAAACGAGUGCCGGAAUAGGUAACGGAAGUAGAGGAGGGGGCAAACCAGAGUCGAGAUACGGUUUGCAAAAAAAAAUUCCCAAGGGAUGACAGCGGAUCCACCCAGUUAGCACCGUGUAGGGUUUCCUAUUAAUAGACUCUGACACCAUAUUGAAAAUAUUAAAGACAUAUGCAGAACAACAUGUGCUUCAACUACACAACAGAGUCUCUUUAUAUAAACUUGACGUAAUAAAUGCAAAUAAUUAUAAGAAUAGUUACAUGAUAUUGAAUCCUAACUAUUUGUUCAAUGAAUUCAUUCUUAACUCAAGCCCUUGUGACCAUUAUGGUGGAUCUCUUGUGUAAAAGGGAAGAGCAAAUGAAAGAAAUAAAUAAUGUAGAAGCAAAUUAUAAAUAAGAAAUAUAAGAAAACAUAAAAUAAUGUUGAGUUAGCUAUAACAAAUUGAUAUGAAUACCAAUGAAGGUUUUGUUGUUCGAUUCCAGAAGGAAUGGUAAAAUGGCAACUUCUUUAAUUGUGCAGUGGCAGCAUCAACAAGGCGUUGCUCACUCCCCCCUGCAAAAUAAAAUGUAUUUACUGUCAAAGUAAAUCCCUUCCAUUCACAAAAAGAGCAUAUGUCUAUCAACAAAAAGCUAAUUUAUAUUUUGUAUAACUUUCCUAUGUUAAUGUACCCCACCUUUACGUUACUGUCUGAAUAAACUAUAACAUUUUGAUAACGAUCA